AGCACCAGCGGAAGAGGCGGAGGAGCGGCAUCGGCACCGGCACCGAGCGGCGUCCCCGGCCCAGCCCGGCCCAGCCAGGCCCAGCCCUCACCAUGGCCACCGCCACCGCCAUCUGGCGCUACCGCGGGGACCCCGAGCCGGAGCUGCCGGCGGCGCUCGUGCGGUUCGCCAACGGCCGGCUGGAGCGGCCCGACUCGCUGCGCUUCGCCGCGUACCGGCACCGGGAGGCGACGCACCCGCGGAAGAAGCACCACAGGAUCCUGGUCUCGGAGACGGAGCGGCUCUGCUACGUGGGGCACAACUUCGGCACCGACGGGACGAAGUGCAGCUCCCUGUGCAGGUACUUUGUUGGCGUGCUGGACAGGAGCUCUGGGCAGAUGGAGGUCUACAAUGCUGAAAUAUUCAACAUGCAGCCCCUGCUCUCAGAUAACAUGAUACCUGACGACACAAAGGAGUAUCAGAAGAAAUCCUACAGGGAGAAGAUGGAUUUGUGCAUCGAGGCCUUUGGGACCAGCAAGCAGAAGCGAGCUCUGAGCUCCCGCCGCAUGAACGCUGUGGGCAGUGACAUCGUGAGCACAGCUGUGACAAAAGCAGCUGCAAAUGUGAUAGAUGCCAAGGGAGUGACAGCUCUGAUGCAGGACGUGGCCCAGGACGACGUGCAGAGCAUCUCUGCCUUCCUGCCGCCGUGCCACGAGGACGCCGACAGGCCGGAGCACGUGUACAGGUUUGAGGACAUCCUGUCUCCUGCCGAGUACGAGGCGUUGCGGGUGCCAGCAGCCACCCUGGCCAGCAUCAGCGAGGAGGAGAUGGACAAGAGGGCAGAAGAGAGAAGCCUCUGCUCCUUUGUCCUGGAGGAGCUGAAGUUCCUGCCCACUGAUGAGAAGAGCAGGGACCACAAAGCCCGAUGCCUCUGGUUCCUGGACACCCUCAUCAAGUUCAGCCAGCAGAAAGUGAUCAAGAAGAAGAAUCCAAUGGGUCCUGAAUGCCCACACAUCAUCAGCAAGAAGCUCAUGAAGAAUUUCACCUCACUGACCUACAACAAUGGCAGCAUCCAGAAUUUCAUCUCCGCGUCCAUGAAGGCUAAAAUCACCGCCUAUGUCAUUGCCUUGGCUUUGCACAUUAACAACUUCCAGACUGAUCUCACCAUCCUGCAGAACGACAUGAAGCUCUCAGAGAGCAGAAUCCUGGACAUCGCCAAGGCCCUGCGGCUCAAGGUGUCCAAGGUCAAGGGGCUGGUGGGGCUGGAGAAGGACCAGCACCACAAGCUGGGCACUCUGUCCCUGCCCUUGCCCACGCAGAAGGCUCCAGAGGGACAGCGGAAGCGCAAGAAAAUGAGAUGAGAAGCCCAGGGGGUCUGGGGGAGACACAGCCCAGCUCAGAAUGUCAUGGGGAUGCCUUCAUCUGCUGGGUGUGGGUCCAGCAUCAGCCCUCACCCAGCUGGAGCCCUGGCUGAGGGUGUCACCUCUUUAAAAUGCUAGUUUUUUUCUAUUUAUAUAGAAAAAGCUAUAAUAAAACCUUUUUUUUUCUAGAUUGUCUGGGUGGGUGUGAAGUUGAGGUUGAGCACAAGGGAACAGUUUGAGGUGGCAGGUUCUGGUUCAUGGCCCCUCCUGGGUUCAAGGUCAGAAGCAGGGAGACAAAGAGUGUGACUUUCAUACACCUCUCCGUUUCUCUGGAGUGUCAGUGUAAUCCUGUGUUCAACAACUGAAAAAAUGUUCACAGUUUUUA